AUGUCGCGUAGCAAGAGGUCGCAUGCUAUAUACGAGACUGACUUCCACGAUGAAGCCACCGUACACGUCGCUUUUGGCACUCCUCUCCCGCCGCUUGACCCAGAUGUGCGCGAUGACGGCUCAUACGUGCCAGUACACAAGCAGGAAGUAAGGGACGAGCACGGGAGGCGUCGCCUGCACGGCGCUUUUACCGGUGGAUGGAGCGCAGGAUACUUCAACACCGUCGGCUCCAAAGAAGGAUGGACCCCGUCUACGUUCGUCUCGAGCCGCACGAACCGUCGAAAGAAUGAGCCGCGUACAGCCCAACACCGCCCAGAGGAUUACAUGGACGAAGAGGAUCUCGCAGAUGCUACUGCUGCUCAGAAUAUUCGGACAACUGAUCCAUUUGCCCCUCUUGGAGCUUCGGGUCAUGGUGGACAUCAAGCUGGUGAGCUCGCUGGCUUGACGAGGGCCUUCGGUGGUACCAUGGGUCUCAAGCUUUUGAGAAAGAUGGGCUGGAAGGACGGGCAGGGCAUCGGCCCCAAAGUACGACGGGUCGCUCGUCUUGGCGUCACGACCAGCACUCAAAGUGCGGCCAUCGGAGAUACUCACCUAUUUGCUCCGGAUGAUGUCGACAUGAUAGAGUUUGAUCGUAAGCUCAACCGCCAGGGCCUAGGCUUCGCACCGGAACCAAAGCUCUCACAACUGCCUGGGUCAGACAUCACACGGACGACUCAAGAUCAAUUUUGCGUGGACGAGGAGAACCUUGAAGAUAAGGAGCAUAAAUUUGUGGGUGGCCAUCAACUUGUGCUCGGCAUCUCUGGCAAGAUCAAAAAGCAUAAUCAGGCAGGGCGUGGGGGCUUAGGUGUGGGCAUCCUCAACGACACUGGCUCAGAUGACGAGGAUCCAUAUGAAAUUGGGCCACGGAUAUCAUACAAUCGAGUUCUUGGCGGGGACAAAAGCAGGAAAAAGAAGACGCAGUCAGCCACCUUAUCUGCGAACCCCAUGAUGAGAUCAAAACCAGUCUUUCUUGCCAAAUCCGCGCUGGCAAGGGCCCAAGGCCAGAAUCGAUGUCUUGACGGGAACCUGCCACUCAGGGGAUUCGCCCUUGGCCAUACUGUAGAGUCUCGGCUGUUCGGUCAACCCGCCGCAUCAUUUCAUCCCCCGAUCGUACCCGAUAGUUGGGAAUCGACCAAGCGCCCUGUCGGCGGGAACGCAACAGCGGCAUACGUGUCGACAGCAGACGCCGCCAAGACGGCGCGUCACGACCCGAGAUCUCGCGCGUUGCUUCUGGGCGAGUCGUCACUGCCCGGAAAAUCGAUUUUCGACUACAUGUCGUCAGCUGCUCGCGAGCGAUUGGCAGCGGCCACGGGCAAAACAAAUCUCCCACCGGCAAGAGGCGAGGUUCCGGUAGUGCACGCGCGCACGGCAGAGCAAAAGCUGCAAAACAGAUUAGAGGGCAUACCUGUCUUAGCCAAAGAAACAGCCAUUGCAGCAAUGAGUCGUGGAUCGGGCACGGGAGGGCCGUAUGCGAACGAUGAGGCCAAGCAGGCACGAUAUCGCCUCUAUCUGCAGGAUGCCGCAGGAUUCGCAUGUUCGACUCCAGUCAAACCUGUAGACAUGACGGAAAACGACUACGUCAAGGAGGUGGAGGAGUUCUACGGGUGUGCUCAGCUGUUUAAGCCAAUGACGGGGUACAUGGCAACACGGUUCACGACAGCCUCGACUGGAUCCAAGGAAGGCUCAGACGCAGGCCUUGAUCACAAUACACAGCAAGUUUCCAGGCCAGUUGGGCUAGCGGAUCCUCUGGAAGCAGCGGCCAAGAUGGGGAUGUAUGGGCGCAUGACGAGGCUGACUGCAGACUUCUUUCCGACCAGAUUACUAUGCAAGCGCUUCAAUGUCCAGCCUCCCGCUCAUUCGCCUCUAGACUCGGACGCAUUUAUUCCAUCGGAGGUUCGCAAAGCAUUCAACGGAGUACCUGCCAGUGCGGUCAUACCCCACGAGCCACCAAUGUUUGGGACAAACGCCGAUAUAGUGGGUGACUUGCCAGAUCCCAAAAUGGCAAAUCGGUUGUCGAAGCCGACGGCCGAGGAUUCUAGAGUCGAAAGCAAAGCAAGCGAGGCCUCUCGGCCAAGUGACGAGGUCUUUAAAUCAAUAUUUGGUGAUAGCAGUGACGAGGCCGAAUGA